UGAAAUACAUAUAUUAUGUUUACAGCGGAUUGCAAUUUUAGUGAAAACCUAGAUGUUUCUAACAAUAAACAAGCUGGUGUUACUUGGUUUUUUAAAAAUCAUUUUGUCUCAACUUUCAAAAGCAGCUGGCGUUGAUGAUUCAAGACUUAUUUAAAGUAAAACGCAUUGAGUCAUUUUUUCAAUCUACGCGAGUCAACUUUAUCACUCAAAUGACGUUCAUGUGUCACGGGUCCACCGUCUUUAUUAAUACAUGAGUAUGGAAUGUUGCAAAUUCAGGACGAGACACCUUUGAAUGCGGAUUAAUUGAUACACCUUGCUUAUCUAUAAACUACGUAAUAAAUAUGGCUAAACCUGAAGAUGAAAUCAAUAUAAGAUCUCAAUUUUUGCAUGAAGAGUUUCAUAUUUGUAAUAGUCUGCAUGAUAACUUCAUUACAGCAUCAAUUUCAGUUAUUGGGGUUGUCUAUCGGCCGAAGAUAUUAUGUAAUUUCAACCAGUUUGCAUUCAGGAUAGUUGGAAAUAGUAGUGUGAUGGAAGUAAACUUUACAAACUUAGAAUUUGCAAGUAAUUACCAGUCUAGUUAUAAUGAACAAUCAACUUGUAUCCCUGGAAAUAGUGGAUUUUUUCAUACCAUAAACGCUAAUUUAAAUAUUCAUAACUGCGUGUUUAGAGAUAUUUGUACUGCUGUAUUGACUGAAUACACCGAUCAGACUCUUCAUUCUCUUGUAAUCAAGUAUUCUGAAAUCAUUUUUGUUAGUUACUUCAUUUAUUCUCCUAAUGUUAACCGUGCAAAUAUCACGGUCAUUUCAACUAUAAUUACUAGCAACUCAUAUAGAAAUUCCGUUUCUCAUGCAAUUAGUAUAACAUCUUUUUCGGAAUUAAUUGUGUCUAUUAUUGAAAGUGCAAUAGAACAUACAAAUAAAGGUGUCGCUAUAAAAGUAAUGAAUGGAACUUAUAAUAUCAAAAUUAGAAAAAACAUUUUUUCAGAAAACAAUGGCCAAUGUAUUAUUUUAAAGUUUGCCAGAAUGGUCAAAACUAACACAUCGUAUGUUUUUUUAAGAGAUAACCAGUUUAUAAAAAAUCGAGGGGUCUUCGCAUCUGCAUUGCAUCUAAAAGCUGACUUAAAACAGCCUGAUGAAAUUAUAUGUUGGAUAAAAGGUAACAUUUUUUUAAACAACAAAGCUGAAAGAUUUUUUGGGACGAUGUAUGUUGAUGGCAUUACGGUUUAUAUUGAACAUUCUGACUUUGCAAACAAUGCCGUCGGCGAUUAUCUUGGAUCAGUGCAAGGUUUUGGAGGUGCUAUAUACACUGAGGAAUUUUCGAAAGUUAUCGUUAGUUAUUCCACAUUUAUUAAUAAUACUUGCUCUGGCUUUGGCGGAACAAUAUUUACACGCGGAUUUUUUUCAUGCUUAAACUGUCUAUUUAUAGGCCCUAGCAAUGUCUUUAUUAGGCCUUUAUUAGGUGAUAUUUUGUAUGCUACCGCUGGAACGGAGCUUUUUAACACUACUUGGGUACCAAAAGUUAUGCCCGGUUCGUUUAGAGCAUUCAUUUGGCACCCCGGAAGUCCAACAAAGGAAGAUUGGUCAAUAAUAGUUGCUGGUUAUUUUAAUGCCAGGUGUCCUGAAGGUCACAAUAUUAGUUAUUACGGUAUUGAAAGAGAUUUAUUAACCAAAACAAAGAGACUAACGCUUACAUGUGAAUCGUGUCCUACAAACCAUUAUAGUUUAUCCUCAGGUGAGCUAAAUAUAUAUCAAAACAAUGGAAUAGUAUACAAAAACAUAAGCACAUAUGUUCAAUGUCACCAUUGCAAGUUCGGUGGUGUUUGUAAUCAAGGUUCCAUUCGACCUCAAGGUAACUACUAUGGGUAUAAAACAGGUUUAUUAGGUGAUGAAGUUCGUUUUUUGCCUUGUCCUGUAGGUUACUGUUGCAAGGGAACUCACUGUGAAAAGUUUGAUUCUUGCAACACUAAUCGUACUGGUACUUUGUGUGGCAAAUGUAAAAAAGGAACCAGCGAAAAUCUUAUAAACUCUAACUGCAUAGAUCAUAAAGAUUGUAACGAUAAAUGGUUUUGGUCCUUAUAUAUUGCUUUAGGUACAGCUUAUAUUAUAACAUUUAUGUACUUAGAUAAGAUAAGUAUAUUUGUUAAAGAGCAGCUUGUUUGGUGGGAUAAAAAAAUUUAUAAGCAUGACGAUUUACAUCAAUACGAAAUUUUAAAAAUUGAAAAAGAAGUUACAAUAAUUACGGAAACUAGCGAAGAAAACUUUGGAAGCAGUAGUGAUGAAAAUGAAAAAAUUAAAACAGAACCAUCAAACUCUUUAUUUCAAAAACCUUGUAACAUGUUUCAAUAUGAAAACAGAAGGAAAGAGCCAGAUAUAUUUACAGACAUAACAAAUAUCUCUUUUUACUUCUUUCAAAUGUUUUUGCUCAUACGAAUGCAAGAAAGUGAAAUUUUUGACAAAAUCUUGAGUUGUCUUCGUUCAGUAUUUAGUAGCUUAUUUACAUUGUCAAUACAAACAAGUUCUUCUUUUUCAAUUUGUCCCAUUGCUGGGUUAAACGCAAUUACAAAAAUGAUAUUUCUACAAUCUUUAGCUUGCUAUGUUCUUUUUGUCAUGCUUUUACUUCAUGCAACAUCUUAUGUUUUGAAGUUUUUUGUCUUGAACGAUUACCAAAAAGAACAAACAAUAAGAUUCAGCGUCCGUCUAAAGGUUGCAACAAUUCAGAUUAUUUUAAUAGCGUACGCUACUCUGACGUCAAUGUCAUUAGCACUACUAAAUUGUGUACCUGUCAGUAAUAAAUAUGUCCUGUUUAUUGAUGGAACAAUAACAUGUUUUCGAUGGUGGCAAUUUGUUAUAUUUGCGUUUGUGAUUGGAUGGAUUAUUCCAUUCCCAAUUGUUUUAGUUUGUAGUAUUGUCCAUCUGAAAAUUGGUGCAAUUAGUUAUAAUAAAUUUGUAUUGGGAUGGGCAUUACCUUUAUGUUAUUUAAUAUGGACAAUAACUAUGCAUUUGUUUUACAAAGAUCAGUUAAUAGCAAGCAUAAAAUCAGAACAUUAUACACAGUCAGAUGAUUAUUCCAAAGAUGAAGAAAAAAUUUCUAUUAAUGAGAUUUUAUAUAAACUUGAGAGUCCUUAUAAAGGCAUUAUGUUUACUAACACAAGACAUUCUGCAAAUAAUAUAUAUGAAGGAAAAAAUUUAGUUUAUAUAAGACAACCUUCAUUUUGGCAAGGCACUUUAAUUGCGAGACGUCUUAUUCUUAUUAUUGCGUUUACAUUUAUUAGCAGCCCUGUUUUCCGUUUAUAUUUUGCAUUACUACUUUGUACUUUGUAUCUUGUGCACCAUCUUUACUUUCGACCGUAUCUCAUAAAAGCUGCAAAUAUAUUUGAAACCUUGACAUCAGUGAUUUUAAUACUUUUCUGCAGUUUUAACUUGUUCUUUGCAUACAGUUACGUGAGUGAUUUGCCGCCUGAAGCUGCUGAUGAGAACUUGGGGACACUAUUUCGGUGGUUUGAAGCAACAAUUUUAAUUUUUAUACCAACAUUUAUUGUUGUAAUAUUGUUUGCUCUCGUAUUAACGCGCAUUAUAAGUUUGUCAUUCAAAUUAUGUCGGUAUUUAUACAGAAUUUUUUUGAGUUUAAUUUGAUUAUAUACAUUGAGUUUUAA